CGGGUCGCACAGUCCACUUCCAACGGUCGCCAUGUUCUCUCUCGCGUUCAUCACCCUCGCCGUCUCGGCCGCCCUCUCCCUCGCGACCCCCGCGAAGCGCGCCCCUGCGCUGGAGGUGUCCCUGACAGCCCCGGCCAACGUCAACUCCAUCGACGACAUCAAGGUCACCGCUGCUGUUACCAACACGGGUUCCGAGGAUCUCAAGGUCCUCAAGUACGGCACCGUCCUGGACAGCGAGAUCCCGACCCGCUCGUUCACCGUCAGCCGGGAUGGUGUCACGGCCGACUUCACCGGUGUCAAGCUCCAGCUCGACAUCGACUCCCUCGACGACUCCGCCUUCACGGUGAUCCCCGCCGGCGAGACCAUCCUCGUCGAGCACCAGGUCGCCUCGCUCUACAACUUCGAGAAACUCGGUGCGGGUGCAUUCGAGUUCGAGCCGGUGACUACCUUCCAGGUCAUCGAGGCGGAUGCGGAGCCGCGCGCGUUCAAAGUUGCCGCGCAGAAGGUGAAGGUCAACGUCGAGCAGGACGUUGCGAAGCGUGAGAUCGCCGUCGCGCACGAGAAGCGCGCCCGCGUCUCGUGCUCAGACAGCAGCAGGAACAGCUUCAUCGCUUCGAGCUUCUCUGAGGGUAGGAGCCUCGCCUCCAUUGCUUCUAGCUACGUCUCAAGCAACGGCGCCGACACGCUCUUCAGGUCGUACUUCGGCACGACGUCGACCUCUACCGUGCGCAGCGUCCUGAGCGCCGUCGCCAACGAGAACUCGAGCAGCCGCACGCUCAACUGCGUCGACCCCUACGGCUACUGCACUAGCGGUGUCAUCGCUUACACCCUCACCGCCACGACCAACGUUUACUUCUGCUCGCUCUUCUUCCAGGAAGUGCCGAACUCACGCCUCUGCAGCGGCACUACAGUCGCCUCGCGCAACAUCCGCGGCGGCACCGUUCUGCACGAGCUCACCCACGCGCUGUCGGGCACUGAUGACGUCGGCUACGGGUGCUCGUUCGACCGGAACCUCGGACAGACCAGCCCCAGACAGGCCGCGAUCAACGCUGACAACUACAACUGCUUCGCCACUCAGGUCUACCAGAACACGCAGUGCUAAGUGCACGUAGGGCAGCCUGAAGCAGGUAGUUUCAUCAGCUCCAGGUCAUCUGCUUCGUAGAUCAUGUACUCGUCAUUCAUAAUCAUGUUGUAGUCUCGCGAUCUCUUAUGAGAGGAUAAGAUGUGUAUUAUCGU